ACAUGUCUGUUUAUUGAAUGUAAAGUCGUGAUCUUAUGUCUUCCAGAAAUGUAGAACAAUUUAAAACCAAAAUAUCGUACAAUGUAUUUUGAGACUACCCUUGAUCUGAGAAACAUGCCAUAAACUUCACCGCCAGACAAACGGAGAUUUGUUGUACAGUAAUAACCAUUCAUCAUGGGUACUGGAGGCUCCUUCCUGAGGAAUAAUGAAGAUGACGAUAUCCUUGGGACAGAUUUGGAUGGUAGCAGCCAUGGAGUCAUCAAGAGAAUUCCUAUUGAGAUGAAACCUCGGGGGAAACUUGGGCUGCGAAGUGGAGCUAGCAAGAAACCAAAGGGAGGGAGUCUCCGCUCAGCUUUGUCUAUAGAUUUGGAAAAUCCAGAGGCAGAAAAGAUACGAAAAGAUUUUGAGAUGUACAGAUUGAACAAAGAAAAUGAUAUUGCAAAUAUGCAGAGAAAAGAACAAAGGCUUACAAUAGAAAAUAAAAGGCUUCGAGCUGAACUCCUGGUGCUGCAGAAAACAUGUGCCAAUUUACGAACAGAGAGGGAUGGGGCUUUAGAUGCAGAACAGCAGGCUCUGGCUAGAUCUGGGGCAUUUGAACAGGACAGAGACAAAGUACAACGACAAUUCAAAAUUUUCAGAGAAAACCAAGAAUAUGAAAUCCAGAAUUUAUUACGUGCCAAAAGAGAGCUAGAAAACAAACUUUCUAAGCUGACUCAUGGCUACUCUGAUGAUGCUGAUACAGCCUCCAAUAGUGACUUCAUAGAACCUGGAAUGGGUAACCCUGGAGACUGGUGGACAGCUUUAGAAAGUGAACCAUCUUUAGGCAGUACAAUACAGCUCCAUCAGCCUACCAUCAAAGGACCAGAGUUUGCCCACAGUAUGAUGGACACAGAUGGACCCUUUACAAAUGUCAAUAGAGAGGACUGGAGCUCAGUAUUGGCCAAUCUGACCCAGAUGGUGCCAGUUAUCCCAGAACAUUCCCUUAGUCACGUUCUUAGAGUCUAUAUAUCUGCUCCACGGGACUCGCAUGCUGAAGUGGAAAUACUCAACAAGGAAUACAUGCCAAAACUGUCUAGUAUCUGUGAAGCUGAAGGUCGAAGCCUGGCUUUAGUUCAUCUAGUGUUUGACGAGAACAACCCACCAUCAACCCAGGUUGACCUCCAGAUCAGUACGAGACAGAAACAGAUUGCCAAGUCUUCCAUCUUUUUAGCCUUCCUAGGAGAUGCCACAGACAGGUUUACAGCUACAGAAUACAAACAUGGAUUCUUCGACAAUCCAACAUGGCGGUCGUCUGUCUUCUGCUUCAGAGAACCAAAAGGAAGUAGGUCAAGUCAAGGUGAGGCCAAGGACCUGAAGGUCAAAGUCAGGGAAAUGGGAUGUGCCAAGGUCGUAGACGGAUACACUGUACCCAGUAGGGGAGUAGAACAGGCUAGUGCUGAACUGGAAAAAAUUCUGAAGGGAGAACUAGGUGUAGGUAAUAAGCUGGAGAAACAGGAGGAUGAGGACAGCGGACUUGUGGAGGGGGAGGGUCCGGAACAACUCUGUGGGGGGUCUAUAUUCGAUAUCCAUGGUGACCUGGAGCAAAUGGAAGCCAUCAAUUUUGCCAAACGCUCAAGUUGUGAGCUCGGCUUUGAAAAACACUAUGAGAGACUGAAUGGUCAUGUCCUCUCUGCCGGGCCCCUACCUCCAUUGUUGAUGACUGGAUCAGCUGGAACAGGACGUUCACUGCUCCUCGCCAAGUGGAUACAGUUACAGCAGGAGAAAGUGCCAAGCAGUCUCGUUCUGUAUCACUUCGUAGGUAGUAACUCAUCGGUCAGUGCUGAUGCGGUCAAUAUGAUACGAAGACUGACUGCACAAUUGAUGCAACAAGUAAAUUCACCACCAGCCUUGACCUGUGACCCUGGGCGUCUUGUGGAGGAGUUUCCACGUUGGUUGGAGAAGGUUUCAGCCAAAACAGUGGGCGGAGUGAUACUGGUUAUGGACUCCAUUGACAGAUUUCAGCAAGCUGAGGUACAUCUAAAGUGGUUACUAGAUCCCUUACCUGUAGAUACAAGAGUGAUUGUGUCUGUCACGGAUGAGACUUGUCCUCAGGCAUGGAGAUCUUGGCCAACCCUACAGGUGGAGCCACUGAGUAACAAGAAUGUGAAGGAGCUAAUCCAUGCAGAGCUUGCUAUACAGGAUACACAGAUAAGCCAAGAUGAGGAGACACUGAUCCUUACUCACUGUCGUACAGCAGCCACAUGUUGUCCUCUCUAUGUCAUGGUACUAGCUCGUCAUAUAGCCAGUUAUGCUAAACAUGAGGGUAAAGUGGGUCGCCACCUGGAUGUGAUGUUGACGUGUCCUGACUGUGUGAGUCUGUACAGCAAGGUCCUUGACCUUGUGAGAUUAUCACUCGAGUCACAUGACACACGUGGUUUCCUGAAGACGAUCCUGCGAUAUAUAUAUGUGAGUCGAAGUGGAUUGACAGAGAUGGAACUCCUGGAUCUCAUCCAAGCUUUAACAUGGAAUUUCUUAGCAUUGUUUACAGAAGUUCUGGUGGAUUUACUAGUUCUUAAGUACCAGGGUGGCUUAUUGUCCUUUGCUCAUGAACAGGUAGAGAAAGCUGUACAGGAAUAUUGUUUUGGUAAGGAGGAAGUGAAGCUAGUCCCUCAACUACGACAAGACCUAGUGCAAUACUUCACACAAUUCCAAAGUCCAGGAAAGUUGACAUGUCGGGUGUCUGAUGAACUUCCCUGGCUAAUUAGACAGAAGGGUGACAAAGACAGUUUAGAAAAGUGUAUAUUGAAUUUGUGUCUGUUCCAACGAUUUUAUGCCAGAGGGCGGUGUGCUGAGUUAAUUAGUUACUGGCAGUAUAUUGCUGCAGACAAGAACAGUAUGGCUCAAGCAUAUUUCCAGGCCACGCGCAGAAUGGAGGCUACUGUAGGUCAACACAAUGGUCUGGUAACUUUACCCAGGAUAGCGGACAUGUACGAAUCCCAAGGAAGAUUUCUUAAAGAUCUCGGCCUCCUUAGUCAGGCAGUACCUGCCCUCCAGAGGGCAUUAGAGGUGCGUGAGAUUGCCCUAGAUCCCGACCACCCAAUCGUUGCACGAUCUCAGCACCAGUUGGCAGGGCUGCAUGCCCAGUGGGGGAAGUUCUCCACUGCCGAGGACUUUUACAAACAGGCCCUGACCAUGUACGAGAACGCCUAUGGUGGUGAUCAUCACCUGGUAGCUAAAGAACUGGAUGCUCUGGCUGUGUUGUACCAGAAACAAGACAAGCAUGAUUUAGCAGAGCCGCUGAAGAAAAGAGCUAUGUCAAUCAGGAAGAAAGCUAAAACUCCUCGCUCACAUUCCGGACAGAUGAAGUCAGUAGUACAGAGGCGAGCUCUUCAGUUGGAGGAGUUAGCAAUAGGUCCCGACUCCCCAGACCUGGCACGUACCUUAAAUGAACUGGGAGUAUUGUACUACCUACAAAAUAACCUCGAAACUGCUGAGUCAUUCUUCAAGCGUUCCUUAGAGAUGCGGGAGGUGACAUUGGGUCCAGACCAUUUAGAUGUAGCACAGAGUCUCAACAACUUGGCUGCUCUCUACAACGACCGUAAACAGUUAGAUAAAGCUGCUCCAUUAUAUGAACGGGCGCUACAGAUCCGCAGCAAAUAUUUAAGCAUUAACCAUGACAGUGUGGCGACCAUUGUGAAGCAUCUGGCAACACUAUACAGGAAACAGGGUAAAUAUGAGCAGGCCGAGCCAUUGUACAAACAAGCCAUAGAGAUACGCGAGAAGUCGUUCGGUGCAUAUCACCCAUCUGUUGCCACAGCACUCGUCAACCUAGCUGUACUUUAUUCUCAACAGAACAAGUAUGCUGAAGCCGAGCCUAUGUACGAAAGAGCUUUGAAGAUAUAUGAGGAAAGUCUUGGUGCUCAUAAUCCCCGCGUUGCUGAGACGUUACGCAACCUCGCAGUCAUGAAAUAUGAACAGAAGGACUUUGAGACUGCGGCUAAGUUGUACAAGAGAGCUACAGAGAUAAAAGACUCAGACGUACCCUACGGCAGUAAAGUGUUAUCACGGAGAAGUUCUAGUGUAGACACAAGUUCGACUGUAAAAAAUCUACUACAAACGUAGUAGAUUACUACCAUACUAAUGAUUCUUUAUAUAUUACAGUUGUACACAAGAGUACUGAUGUUUGUCGCUGAGACAAUUCCUAGCAAUAGCAAGCGUUACGAAAAACGGAAAACCUGUUACUAACCAUGUUGAACAUACCGUUGUGGUGUUACAAUAAUUUUCUAAAGAUCUGAAACUUCUCUUAACAAAAGGAACGGUUUAACAAUAUCAAGGUUGUAUUCUGUUGUAACUUUUGAAAAACAGCAUUUGAUUCAUGUUUUAGUAAUUUCCUUAAACAAUUUUCCAAGGAAGUAGAUUGAAACGAUAUAUCAAUAUAUAUGAAAAAUAACUGCUUGUCAAAUGUAAUUUUAAAUUAUGAUUUAAUAUUAACACAACAAUCUGUGAUAUUUUUGU